CCAGGCUCGGGCUCACUCGGCGCUGCCGGCUUGGCUCUAAGCGGAGCGCUGGCUGGUUGGCUGGGAGGGACGCCGAAAGCUGCCUGCUCCCUGCAACCGACGUGGAGGCGGACGGACGGUCUCCGGCGCUGCCGUCUCCCCAGCUUGCAGCUCCCCCGGUCCGGCGUCUCCCCCUUUGGAGCUCAACCCGCGCGCCCUGCAAGCUCCGCGCUCUCCGCCUCUCCACCCCGCGGGCUCGGCGGCCAUGGACAGCCGAGAGGACGGCCGCGCAGCUUUUGUCGAAGCCCGCCGGUGGGUCGAGGCGGUUACCGGGAAAAGUUUCGGAAGCAAGAGUUUUCGCGCUGCUUUAGAAAAUGGGAUCCUUCUCUGCGAUCUAAUCAACAAGAUCAAACCUGGCAUCAUUAAAAAGAUCAACCGUCUGUCAACACCAAUAGCUGGACUGGAUAAUAUCAACGUCUUUUUGAAAGCUUGUGAAAACCUGGGAUUAAAAGAAGCUCAGCUUUUUCAUCCCGGUGACCUUCAGGAUUUAUCUAAUCGAGUUACCGUCAAACAAGAAGAAACUGACCGAAGAAUAAAAAAUGUUUUGAUUACCUUAUACUGGCUGGGCAGGAAAGCAGCUCGUAGCCCUUAUUAUCAUGGGCCCCACCUGGAUUUGAAAGCCUUUGAGAAAUUGCUUGGACAAGCUUUAACCAAGGCCCUCGGGGAAUCCUACAGCCCCAAACAAAGUGGAAGGGACAGCGGAUACGGGGAUUUCUGGUGCGCUGAUCCGCUUUCAUUGUCCACCAGCCACAAGCGGGACGAUUCCUUAGACAGCUUGGAUUCUUUUGGCUCCAGAUCUUCUACCAGUUUCUCUUCGGAUCUCACGCUGAAAGGUGGCAGUGAAGAUUUUGAGAGUGACACGGAUUCUGAAACCCGCGCCAGAAUGCAUGAUCCCGGGAAAGACGACAUGUCCUAUCGCCGAGUGGCCUUAAUUGAACCCAAGCCUGCUGCUGAAUUCAACCGUUUCCUGCCCAACAAAGCCAAGCCACCAACUUAUAUGCCAGCGCCCUUAAGAAAGAAGAGAAUCGAGAAGAACGAAGAUAACAGAAGAAGCUGGGCGAGUCCCGUCUUUACGGAACCGGACGGAAAUUUUUCGAGCAACCACAGAAGAAUUUUGGGGCCCAGGAUGGAAUUCAAGUCAGCAACUUACAUUCUUUCAGACUUCUCCAACUAUUUGGAGGAGGAGGAAGAGGAGGAAGAGAAAACCACGGGAAUCCCAGACAUUGAAACAGAUGACUUUUACGCUCGCAAAAUAAGUGCUGCUGUAUCAUCAGCUGUAAAAGUCUCCUCUCAUAAAUUUCUCCCUAAGACUUGGGCUCCGGGUGAAGCGUUGCACUGGAAAAAAGCACAAAGAAUCUCUUUUUCCAAACAGUGGUAUAAGGAAAUUCAAGGAUUCAGUAACAUGGGAGAUGCCAAAGAGGAAGAUGCAAGAGUCCAGCCCAGCCAUAGCAUCGCAGACAGCUUGGGUAUCGGAUGCCAAGAAGACUCUCAACCCAUUAAGCCAACAGCUGAAAUUGCUGCAGGCGAGAUGCGUGGCCAUUCCUCUGAGCUGCCAAGUCAGUUUUUAUUUCUUCGAGCCCUGCAAAAAUAUUCCGAGGACUACCUGAAUUCUGAUCAUAGAACCAAAGCUGACCCAUCUUCAGGGCCUCGGCUCAUAACGUGCAGAAAAUAUAAUUACCUUAGGCCAGGCUAUGACCAAAGAAUACAUGAGAUUAGAGACUUUUAUCCAGAUUUGGAAAACGACGAUUUGUUUGUCCGUAAGACUGGUGCCUCCCACGCGAAUCCAGUCGUUCUCCAGGAUUUUGAGUAUUUUAGGAGAUCUUGUCAACAAAGACCUCGCGUCGAAGGGGAAAUUGUUCUUCAGCCCAGAGAUGGGGAAGACGAAAUAAUUCCAGAUUUAGAAAAAGACGACCUCACCGUUCGCAAAGCUCAACUGCAAAAGAAAGAAGUGCCUUUAUCUGGUGCCCCUGACAAGUACCAGCCUGCUCUUUUCCCGGACCCUUGGAGUCUACCCCCAGAAAUUCAGGCCAAAUUUCUAUGCUUGCUGGAGAAGUCCACCCUCAAGAGCGAGUCUGAGCAGAGAGGAAAAGUCUUAUCUCCUUCUUCAAGGCAAAAGAAGGACGAUAUGUUGACCCGAAAAAUGGAGCUGCUCAGCCUAGGAGGCAACGUCCAAUCCAAGAGCUUCUGCCCAGGAGCGUGUAGCAAAGAAGAUAUGGAAAAAUGGGAAGCCAUCAGAGAGGCCAGCAAAACCAGGCAUAAGAAACGGCAAAUGGUUGAAAGGCUGUUGCAAAAGAUUUCUGAGGAACACGGGAGUAAAUCCUUGAACGACGUCAGUGCAGAUGAACUACAAACGAUCCGGCAGAUGCGUUACGACGAGCUCCAGAAAAUCAAAACUCAGCUGCGGGAACAAGACCAACAGUGGCAAGACGAUUUGGCAAAAUGGAAAAGUAGGCGCAGGAGUCACACCUCUGACCUGCAAAGGAAAAAGGAGGAGAGAGAAGAAAUUGAGCGAAGAACUUCGGAAAGCUCUGAACGGCGCAGCAAAACCCUGAGAGAAAUGCAGAGGGACAGAGAGAGGCGAGAUCAAGCUCCUCUGAGGAACUCUUGGCAGGAGACAGAACAAUUGUAUUUCUCGAACGAUGACGUCUUUCGGGAAGAGAAAGCGUCUCCCAAAGUUUGCGCUCCAACCGAGGCAAAUGGAGGCUUGAAAAGGGAAGACGAUCAUGAGCUGAGGAAACGGAAACCAGAGCGUGUGGUGAAGGAUGAGCCUCUCGCCUCAGUAGACAGCCUAGCUGGAGAAAGGACGGAGUCCCCUUUGCCAAGUUCCCAGUCAUCCAAUGCCCAAACUGGAUCUGGUCGGGUUUCAGCCUCCCUAUCGAGGAGUUAUCAGAAGACGGACACAGCCAGGCUGACAUCGGUGGUCACCCCGAGGCCGUUUGGAGCCCCUAUGAGAGGAAUCUCCUCGCUUCCCAGGUCCUUUACGAUGGAUUCAGUUGUGAAAUACAAUGGAGGACUGGAAGGUCCCAGGGGUGCUCAGUCAGGGCAUAGCAGGGGCUCCGAGGCUCAGACAGGAGGAGUUCAAGGCCAAGGCAAGAUGGAGCCCCAAGUUGCAGAAGACAGCAAAACCAGAACAAGCCACUUGCUGGAGGAGCAGAGAAGAGGAACGCCUGAGUCAGAGCCUAAAACAGAUCAUCACCCGAGUUCAAACUCGAUGACUGUCGCAUCUUCUGCCCCCAAGGAGAGAACUUUUUCAGCGACUGAGGAGUCAAGACGGCACGAGCAAUACAGUGAUAUGAGAAUCAGUAUAAAUCAGAAACCAGGCAGCAGUCGUAACUUUGGAUUUGCCGUGUCCCAGAAUCCUUCUGGUGUCUUCGUGAAAUCAAUAGAAGAAGGCAGCCCUGCAGAUUUUUGCCAGUUGAAAGUUGGGGAUGAAAUCCUAUCCCUUGGCAGCAUCGGCAUUUCACACCUGGAGCAGGGCGAGUGGGAAGCUUCCAUCAACCAGGCCUUGGAAAAUGGACGCCUCAUCAUGGACGUGAGGCGGCAUGGAAAGAAGGAUUGGGGCAAAGACCAGCCUUUCCCGCCAUUUGCAAGGCACAAAAUCCUCAAUCUUACCAGUAUGGCUACCAACAUUAUAGGUACACCUGAAAACAAGUGGAUUGAUGCCACAUCAGGAGACCGCGCUUCAACGCAAAGUCAUCAGAUGUCAGAAAAGGAGGUGCACAGCCAUUUGAAGAAUGAUGGGUCUGAAACAAAAGUCAAUGGAAUGCAAGAUGAUACAAGCUCCUAUGAUCGAAAAGACACAGAACCUAUUUCUUUGAAAAACUUAAAAAGGCGAUCCCAGUUUUUUGAACAAGGAGGCCAGGAACCUGCAAUACUUGACCUCCCUGUCCCACCCAUUGUGGCUUCCAGCCGUUGGACUUGGGAUCAAGAAGAAGAAAGAAAAAGGCAAGAGAAAUGGCAAGCAGAGCAGGAGCGCUUACUCCAGGAGCAGUACAAACGUGAGCAAGAGAGGCUUAAGGAAGAGUGGCUGAAAGCCCAGCAGGAGGCGGAAAAGGACAUCUCCAGCUACUUAAAGGAGGAACAGACUAACCUGACAUCCCCUGCUAUGACCGGGAGUAUACAGGAAGCCUCAACUUCCUUGUGGGAAAGAAAUGGAAGUAACAGGACUGCUUAUCUUAGUUCUGAAAGAAAUUGGGAAGAGGAAAGCAAGCCGGAGAAUCAGAGGAAAGAUAGUGAGCUAGCAAAAAGCAGCUUACAACAACAAGGAGUGUUACAGGUGGAGCAAAAGAGAAAGUUACAAGAAAUAGAAAACAGGAAGGAAUGGAAUGGACAAGACACAGUAUUCUAUGCAAAGGAACCAAGUUAUCCAGAAGAAGUACCUCAAAAACCACAGGUGGAACCUGUCAAGGAAUCAAGGCAUUGGGAAGAAACAUCUCAAAACCUUCUCAUGGACCCAAUUAAAGAACCAAACCAUGGUGGGAAAACAUCUCAGAAUCUGCUUUUUGAACCCAUCAAAGAACCAGGGUAUCAGGAAGAGACAUCUCAAAAGUUAGUGCUGGAACAAUUCAAGGAACCAAGGCUUUGGGAAGAAGUAACUCACAAAACUCAUGUAGAAAUAGUCAAGGAUUUAAGAUACCAGGGAAAAACAUCUCCAAACCUGCUGAUGGAACCUAUCAAGGAACCAAGGUAUCAGGAAGGAGCAUCUCAGGAUCUGCUGAUGGAACCUAUCAAGGAACCAAGGUAUCGGGAAGAAGCAUCUCGGGAUCUGCUGAUGGAACCUAUCAAGGAACCAAGGAAUUGGGAAGAAACAUCUAAGGACCUGCUGAUAGAACCUAUCAAGGAACCAAGGUAUCAUGAUGAAGCAUCUCAAAAGCUGUUAGUGGAACCUAUCAAGGAACCAAGAUAUUGGGAAGAAGCAUCUCAAAAGCUGUUAGUAGAACCUAUCAAGGAACCAAGAUAUCGGGAAGAAGCACCUCAGGACCUGCUGAUGGAACCUAUCAAAGAACCAAGGUAUCAUGAUGAAGCAUCUCAAAAGCUGUUAGUAGAACCUAUCAAGGAACCAAGGUAUCGGGAAGAAGCACCUCGGGACCUGCUAAUGGAACCAAUCAAGGAACCAAGGUAUUGGGAAGAAACAUCUAAGGACCUGCUGAUGGAACCAAUCAAGGAACCAAGAUACCAGGAAGAAGCAUCUCAAAAGCUGUUAGUGGAACCUAUCAAGGAACCAAGGUAUCGUGAACAAGCAUCUCAAAAGCUGCUGGUGGAACCAGUCAAGGAGGUUUCAAUGCAAAGAUUUCAGUAUCAAAGACAUUAUGAAUCACCAAGACUCUCCAACGAGCAAGGAAAGCACUUCAAUGUCGACAGAAAUAAAUCCAGAUCAACUACUGAUUUAGACAAUCCUCAGACCAGUGGGCUGAAGAAGAAGUUUUCUGAGCAAUCCUGGAAUACCACCAACUCGCUGAAAAGAUCUCAGAAGGAACAGGGCUUGUCAGCUGCUGAGCUGGAAAGGCAGCAGAUCCUUCAGGAAAUGAAGAAAAGGACCUCUCUGCACACCGACAGCAGCUGGAUCCGGCAACGCAACUCCAGCGUUCACAAAGAGCCCUUCAGUCUGACCGGCAGUAGAAUGAGGAGAGGUGAGAGCUUAGAUAAUCUUGACUCUUCAAGAACAAACUCUUGGAGACCUCAUUCCUGGAUGAACCAGUCUGCAUCUUCUACAUCUUUGUCAAGCAGCCAAGAAUUUGGCCAGCAUAUUCCUCCAGUGGUGUCCACCUCCAAUCGGGCCUACAUGCGCACCCCAUCUUCCAGUCUUCCCUCCCCUUCCUCUGCAUCUAUGAAAACGUCUUCCUUGCCCCACAUCCCCACAUCACCUUCUGUUCCUCAAGCUCCAUCGCCAACUUCUUCUCAGUCUGGGACUCAACAGCGCAACAGGUCGGUGAGUGGAAAGCGAAUGUGUUCCAGCUGCAGAAACACUCUGGGCAAAGGAGCGGCCAUGAUCAUCGAAUCUCUUGGCCUUUGCUAUCACUUACAUUGUUUUAAGUGUGUUGCUUGCGAGGGGGACCUCGGAGGAUCACAAGCUGGAGCAGAAGUCCGUAUCCGGAACAGCGAACUCUUCUGCAACAGCUGCUAUCUCAGAUUUAAAACUGGACACACAACCGCCAUGUGAUCCGAACCUAUGAAGAGGAAGCCUCUGCAACAGACGGAGAAGGAAAUGGCUGCUUCAAAUCUAUAAAUAUUCGGAGUGGGGUGUGUUUUGUAGGACCAAAAGUUUGCCUGGUCUAGAUCAUGUAGAAGAUGCACUGCAUCCUUCAUAAAAAAAACAACCACUUCCCCUAUUUUGAAGUAUUUAUGAGAAAGUCAUCGUAUUCUAGAGAGCUGUGCAGAACUUUUGUGAGAAUUACAUUUGAAGACACGCAGAGGUGGUUGCAGUCUUUAUCUCAAGUUAAGCUACGCUUAAGUAAUAUUGCCCUUUCAAAACUGUCCACUUCACUUUAUUCAAUAUCCCUUUGUGCUUUAACGGUGAAAUCCAGCUGGGGAAAUUGUGAAAGAUUCUUUAUCGUCCCGUGUUUGAAAAAUGUAACUCUCCGUGCACCUCAUAAACAGGUUGAUAUAACUGAAGAAUUUUUUUUCCUUCUGUUUUCUUUUGUAUUUGUAAAUAAAGUUGCUGAUGCUGCACUUAGA